GUGUAUUUUUUUUUUUAUUUAACAUUUGAAUAAUGAAAAUAGUCUUCUUCUUUUUUUAGAAAAUUAAUAAUUACUACUUGAAAUAAUUUAUCUCUAUGAGACAAACAGAAAAUAAUUUAAAGGAAAAAAUUAAUUCGACAAAGAUAUUUUAUCAGAUCGGAGUUUUUUUCUUCAUUCGGUAUCUUUUUAAUCUGAUAUCAAGCAAUUUCUUAUCUAGUCACUCAGAAGAAUAACAGAAAAGUAAACCUAUUUACUUUUUCUCAGUUUAGCGUGAAUCCAAACAAUCGCAAACACAAAUCCACGGAAAAACAAUGUUGUGACAUCUCUCUGGAGCCGGCGGUGAUAUUUGGGUGGCCCCGCCCCUCGAUGGACAUCGGCGCCUCUUGCUCCCGGGUCCAGCCUCGUUAUUAUCGAGUUGACAGUUGUGAUAUACGGGUUUAUCACCCAUUAUGGAUACUUUAUAUCGGGGUCAGGUAAUUGAUCAUCCUUAAUAGGGCCCGACACAUUCAAAGUCACUUUACAUCGCUCGAAUUAAUCAAGUUUUAAAUAAACAGAAUUUGUAUUUACAGAUAACCCGACACCCCUUCUUCAUAACCCCGAGUCUCGUUCGGACUUCCAUUGUGUUAGGGCUGUCAUCUUGUUUUUGAUGUGCUUUCAGAGGUUCGCAGCUAGCGGAGUGUUUCAAAUUAGCCCAAUGUUUGCCAACACGCAGCGCCUGUGACACAGUUGGUUGAAUUUUAACUAUUUGCAUUGUGCGAUGGUAAUUUAUACCCCAUUACACAUCAAUUUGUAUAUUCACCAAUGAUGCCUGCCUGCUGCUGUGACGUCACUUCCGAAGGGGAAGAAAGUUAACACCCCUUGCUCUAAAUUGUAUCAAGUUAGUUGAUAACGUGAAUUAUUAUUGUUAAUAUCGCAAAAGAUAGUCUACUAUCAAUGGAAACCUCCUGAGCAGUGAUUACUGUAUUACACGGACAGUUUUAACUAUUUUCAUCAGCCAAAAUGCAUCCCGUGGCACUUACAACAAGUUCCAAUUCGGCUUUUAGUAAACUCAGUCCGUCAAACUCGGAAACUAAUUCAGAGUCCCAGACAGAAAAAUCAACACAGAACAUUUCAUCGUCUCAGUCAUCACCAAAACCAUCUACAGUCACCUCGGCAUCGUCAUCUCCAGCUCAGAAGCAUGUGCUCAAAUUCAGCGUGGACUCGAUGUUGUCUGGGAAGUGUUCCCCCUCGCGGGACGAGACCAGGGAGAGAUCCCGCUCCCCGGACUCUGUAACGUCAGAAGAGGACAAUCCGAGAGAAUCCUCUCCUAAAAUUAGUAGUGCCAUGACUCCUUUCUCUAUGGAAGGUAUCCUGAACAAACAGCAUUCAAUGCUUCGGUCCGACUCAGUCCCAUCAGCUAUAAUGUCGCACGUGGCAUCAGAACGUUGGAAUGGUUUCUAUGGAAAUACAACAUUUCCCUGGCUCCCGGGGUCCAUAUCCCCACCUAAAGGUCCACCAAGUCCCCCGAGAAUCAACCCUCAGAAAUGCACUUUAAGAAAGCACAAAACCAACAGAAAACCCAGGACCCCUUUCACAACGUCUCAACUGUUAGCGCUGGAGAGAAAGUUCAGACAAAAACAAUACCUAUCGAUUGCGGAGAGGGCCGAAUUCUCAGCCUCUCUUAAUCUCACAGAGACUCAAGUCAAAAUUUGGUUUCAAAACCGACGGGCCAAAGCCAAGCGUCUCCAUGAAGCAGAGCUGGAAAAAUUAAAAAUGGCAAGUAAGCCCAUGCUCCCGCCAGCCAUUGGUGUGACAUUUCCCGCCGCUGCGGCAUUGUAUGGACAGUAUGCCCGGCCCCAGAGUUUUGCCCAUUCAUUCCUCACCCCCUUCAGUUAUGCAUUAACCCCAAGCAACAUGGGAAUGUCGUUUCCUCAUUGAAAGUUUGAUAUCAUAGAGUAAAUGUGGACCAUUUUGAAUGCUUGGUCAGUAUGACUGCUGGGACCUUGGACCAGUUUGCUCCUGAAUGAGACAGAACACGAGGAGUGUGCCAAAAAUAGAGUUGUAUGUAUCGUGACAGACAGACAGCGAGUGCUAUUGAGUGGACGCAGUGCUACGUAAACUCUAGAGUGACUCCGCAGAGAAGUGCUGAAAGGUAACUGAUCUCAGAACUGUUACCGCUAGUCCGUGAGGAUUAGGUGAUAUUCAAAUUGUCAAAAGGAAGACGCUUCCUUAUUUUGUAAGACAUGAUGUAAGCUCUAGACAUGGGUGUUCCUUGAAAGGAACAUGUUAAUUUUUAAUAGAAUUUCAAAUUAAAAGUCGAAUUGAAUUGAUAAAA